UUGAAUCUGAUGGUAGCGGAAAGGCAGUGGGUUCCUCCUCUUGUGCCUUGCGCCGUCAGACGGGUUUUGCUGCUGCCUCUCUACAACAGUCAUUUUCCGUUAAACGCUGAUGUGGAUUUGUACUAAAGUCUGGCGCUUAUUCAGUGAGAGUACUUGAAGAAAACACAAACGACGACUUUAAACCGUAACGAAGAAACCACAAGAGACAGGCGCAGCGUUUGCCUUAAUAUUGAAACUUCACAUACACCGGCAUCAUGACGAGGAGGUCCUGUGCCAUUUACGCUACCGGGAUUGCCUGUGCCCAUCUGCUCAUAGUUGGAAUCGCCUUGGUUGUGGCUCAAGUCUUCCAAACACUGAUUCAUAACCGUUUAAAAAAGGAGAUGACUUUAACAGAGGGGAGCCGGGUAUUUGAUUCAUGGAAGAACCCCCCUCCUCCGGUCUACAUGCAGUACUUUUUCUUCAAUGUCACCAAUCCUGAAGUCUUUCUAGCGGGAGGCAAGGCUGCUGUCACUCAGAUUGGCCCAUACACUUACAGGGAGUACAGGCCCAGGGAAAAUGUGACCUUUUUAGAGAACGGGACGAAGCUCUCAGCCUUAAAUCCCAAGAGUUUUGUGUUCGUUCCAGAGAUGUCGGUGGGGGAUCCUGAGGUGGACCUCAUAAGGACCGUCAACAUCCCUGUCGUAGCAGUGAUGGACCAGAUGAAGAACUCCUUCAUAAUGAGCACUUUGGUGUCCAUGUGGAUGAACUCAAUUGGUGUGGACUUGUUCAUGACUCGCACCGUUCACGAGACACUAUGGGGUUUCAAAGACCCCCUGCUCUCCCGCAUUCACGCCAUGAAGCCUGAGAUUGAGGAGUACUUCGGCCUCAUGUACAAGAAAAAUGGAACCCAUGAAGGCGAAUUUGUUUUUCUCACGGGUGAGCAGGACUACAUGGACUAUGGAAGAAUAGACACAUGGAAGGGUCUAAGUAAAAUGUCAUGGUGGUCUUCCAACCAGAGCAACAUGAUCAAUGGAACAGAUGGCAGUGCAUUCCAUCCCCUCCUGUCCAAGAAUGAGCUGCUCUACAUCUUUGCUGCAGACCUCUGCAGAUCCAUCCAUCUGGCCUAUGUGGAGGACGUGGAGGUAAAAGGAAUCCCUGCCUACCGCUUUGCCCCCCCGGAGGAUGUGCUGGCGAGUCCUGAGGACAACCCUGCCAACGCUGGCUUCUGCGUGCCAGCAGGCGAGUGCCUUGGCAAGGGUGUCCUGAAAGUCAGCGUGUGCCGAGAAGGUGCUCCUAUUGUGGUCUCCUUUCCACAUUUCUACCAGGCAGACCAGAAGUACAUAGAUGCCAUUGAAGGAUUGUCGCCAAACAAAGAAGACCAUGAAACAUACCUGGACCUUAAUCCGAUUACUGGUAUCCCCAUCCGUGCCUGCAAAAGGGCCCAGCUGAAUGUCCUACUAAAAAGAGUCGCUGGUUUCCCCAAAACCAAAUACCUGAGUGAGACGAUCUUUCCAAUUAUGUUUGUAAAUGAGACCGUGGUGAUUGAUGACAAUUCAGCGGCGGAGAUGAGGACACUGCUGCUCAUAGUGACACUGGUUUCAAACUUCCCCCUCCUCAUAGUGGGCAUGGGCGCCAUCCUGCUGGUUGUCUUGGUCAUUCUCGUCUGCAGGUCUCGCCAGAAGAAGAAUGAAGUUAAACGUAUUGAUUUUACUGAAGCUUUUCAUUCUUUUACUACAACUGCAAAGGAAGACACAGCAUACACUCAAGUCAGUGACAAACCAGAAGAGCACUCAGAGAACCACACAAGCCAGCAGUUGAGAAAUGGAUCAUAUAUCGCAAUGUCUCCAGUGCAAGCUCAGAAGUGUUGAUUGAGACUGGAGUCAGUUUGGUUUUUGUUCCAACUCUGGUCUUAAUUGGUUGUUGGUUGAGAAGCAUCUCUGAAAACCCUCAGGUCCUUGGAUCCCCAGGCCCAGAAGUGAAUACCCAUGCAUCUAAUCUAAAAUUGUUACCUUGUCACAUUUGUACAUGAAGUUAAUAUCCAUUAGAAAUGGCUUUAGAGUUUCUCAUGACCCAAUAUGCAUGUUGAAUUCUGUGAAACUCACACAUGGGAGGCUGGAAAGUAUUUUCUGCCUUAAUUUCUUGUGUAAUCUAAAGCGUGGUGCACAAAGAAAAUUCUUCAAGGAAUUCUGGUCAUUUUAAAUAAUGGGAAAUGUGUCAGCUUUGAGCUUUCCUCUGGCCAAAUCCAUCACAGAUUUUGCUUUUGAAGUGUUUUGAAACAUUCACCAUCUAAAGCAGAUUUUUUUUUUUUUGUUUAAAAUUUAGCCAUCCCACAUGAAUGCAUUGCAAUUUUUAGAAAAGCACAAUAAGAGUAAAAUGAAAACAUGAAGCUUGAGCAUUUUUUGGGGACAGCGAUUAAUGUUACAUUGUGCAAAGUGCAGUUAUAGUUAUCAGUAGGACACACUGUGCUAUUGUACCACAGUUCGUGGUACAUAUUUUUCAGUACAGUAAUUUUAGAUCAUAUCUGGAGUGAGAAAGACAUGACAGUAGAAACACUGCCCUGUCUUUUGUUUUGUAGCAGUUGUGUUGUAUGUGGCCGGGUUGACAUUUAAAACCUUAAAUGUCAACCCGACUCUCUGAACUGCUCUCUGAACUGACUGAACAAAGGCCACAAAACUGUUAACUUGAAGACAUAAUUCCUGCACUUUCCAAGAAAUGCUUGAAGAUGAACUGUUUGUUCUCUGCAGUUUAUUUUUUCAAAUUUGAUAAAUUAGAUCAGUGUGAUCAGUAUAAUAAUGUGUUUUGAGUCCUUUGUGCAUUUCAGUGUCAUGCCCAGAUUUCACUUUGCUGAAGUUUCUUUCUGGGAGAUGAAUAGAUAUUUUGCCUUUUUGUGGUUUGCUUUGCAUUACAUGUCAUUUUAUCUAUGUCUAUAUAUGUACUACUGCUGCUAAUGAAAGCCAUAACCUCUGGACUUGCAGUUUUGUAGUGGUAACCACUUGGGGUUUAAUUGCCUAGAUUUGUUCAGCAGAAACUAAUUUCAUAUGCUUUGAAGUGACAUCUGAGGAGCUGAAGGUCUUGUCCCUGAGGGACAAGUGUAUCUACCUAUUUUGUGUCCAAAAACAGAACAAUGAGCACAAAAAGACUAUUGUUGCCAUUAAAGGCCAUCUCGGGCUGUUGUCUGAAAGAUGAAAAUUACUGGAAAAAGUCAAAAUGUGUCGAAGAUUGACCUGCAGGAAGGUGUUUGGUUGGGUUUGCUUAGCAUAGCCUAAGUCAGUCUCUUAGUGUUUAUAAGCGUUUGGUUACAUCCAACCAAACACUGCCUGUGUUUAUCUUUCUCCUAGAAAAAAAUCCAUUUGCCUUUUCAACUGGAAUGUGAAGGUGAUUGAUUCAUGUAAAUGUGGCAAAAAUAUGUUACCUGUUGAAUUUUUGUCUCUGUUUAGCAUACCACCUCUUAACAUUUCUAGCUUGUGAAAAGACCCAAAAACUUGAAGCAUGUCCAGUAUUCGGGUCAUUGUGUGUGUUAUAUUAUUUUUGCUGUGAUGUGGAAAGUUGCAACUUGAACCAAAAAAAAGGCUUUUCCUCCACCAGGGAACCAAGGAAGGAGUAUGUCAUCAAGUUGGUUCUGACUUAAUGUAUAAAUUUGCUGAACUGAAUAGCUGUCUGAGUCAAAAUGGCUUUUACACUCUGACCAAGAUUCAAUCUGCUGACAGCAUCCUUUAUC